GCAUAUCUGGUACACGUGUUUUGUUUUUGUGAGGAGUGAGUAUCUCCAUUAAGGAUAAGAGAACUCCGGUUUGACCUUUACGGCCAGCUGCUGUGUAAUAAACGCGGAAGGAAGUACACGGCCGGCGUGUGACGUCACGACAGCGCCGCUGCGGAGCUUCAGCGUGACGAACAUGUUUAUUAUCAAGCUCCACUCACCGUCCGAGUACAACGUGUGUCAAUAGACAGGGAGUAGCCCGCCUUCGCCAACCCAAACCAUUAUUCAUGACUCGAAGAGGUAUAUUUUCGAAGCCCGUUAGCUCGACGUUAGCUUGACGUCACAAAAUGACGAGGCGGACGUGCAUUCAGCGGCCUGUUGGACGUGCUGCUAACGUGAGCUAGCAACGUCUGCUAACUUCUAUCCAGCAGGCGGCGACAAAGCAGCACUACCAGGCAGGAGGCGUGCUCUGGAUCUCAUGAAACAUGAAACGGUCUGCCAGAGGUCGAUCACAGGAGGAAAAUCCUGAAAAUGACCUGCACAAAUUAAAACUCCAAUAUCGCCAAGCUGUAAAAGACAAGCAGGCAUACGAUGACAAAAUCCAAAGCUUCCUCCUGAAAGACAGCAGGGAGAUUCAGAGGCUCCAGAAUGAGCAAGAGGAACUACUCCAUUUCCUCACCAUCGCACAGAGUAACAGCAACCAAAAGAAGGAAACCAAUGCUGUUCAGGAUCUGGAAAACCUUUUGUCCAAUGAAGAGAGGAUAGACGAUGAGCUGCUAAGCAACAAAAACAAAUUGGUAUCGUUCAAAAAGCAGAUUGUAGAAUGGGAGAGGAAGCUGGUAGCACAGAGGGGAGGGCAUGCGUCGCAUAAUACCAAAUCUGACGACAACUCUAUGAAAGAUAUAUUGUCUAAAGAAGACAAGCUUUACAAGGGUCACAUAUGCUUCAAUGAGCUGAUGAUCAGGAACGGCCAGUUAAAGAAGGAGAUAGACAUGCUGGAGAUGGAGAAGAAUGAGUUCAUGCAAGUCCAACUUCAGCUGAAAAAGGAACUGCAAGCCAUUCGCAAGGAAAUUUCGGACUUGAGUGCUAUGUGUACUAAAGCCAACAAUGCCAGUGUUGGAAUCCAAGUAAAGCAGAAGAAGCUGAAAGAGCAAAAGGCCCAGUUUGAAGCCCAGUACACGCAAACAACAACCAACUUGGAGCACGAAAUUUCCACGCACUGCAACCUUGAGGUUAUGGUGAAUGUGAAGAAUGCUUCUGACGAGGGCUCCGAUCAUGACAAUGAGAAUCUGCUGGACCAGCUAGAGAAGUUGACCCUUCACGAAGACACAAUAAGAAGAAUUCUCACGGAAACAGGCGAAAAUGACCUGGACUCACUAGUGCGGAACUACUUAGAACUCGAAGAGGAGAACUAUUCUUUAAUGGGCUUUGUCAACUAUCAACACUGGCAAGCCGAGGCCAUUAAACAACAGAUCACGCAACUUUACAAGGAGAGUGAGCUCUUUGUGGUGGACCAGAAAGAUCAGGACGAGGACCGCAAAACUCUUCAGAUGGCCAUUUUCGCCAAGCAAGAGACCAUCGAGGAACAGCUCUCUGGUUACCAAAAGCAAAUUCAGUUCAAGGAGAAAAUCCAACGUCUUCUUAAAAUAGGUAUCCAAUCAUUACUACGUAUCUGCUGUCAAAGGUCUGAGAUAAGCUCACUGGGCUCCGCUGACAGAGCGCUGGAUGAGCACAUGACAGCCUGCUUGAAGAUGGUGGAGGACAAAGUCAAUGGCCUCCUAAAUCUGCAGUCCGUCCUCCUCUUCCAGGAAAACUUAACACAGUGUGACCUCGCUAGUGACGGCUUUAAUUCAAUAGCGGAUCAACUGCGGGGGAAAGGCAACGCCCCUGCAGUCAACUUGUCCACAAGAGCUUCAACGCCAGAUGAGGACAAGGCCCGCAAAGGCAGCCGUUCAGGAAGCAGAGGAGCUAAUGAGAGGACAGGUUCUUUUAACAGCCCAUAAGUGGAAUCAGAGUGAAAGAAGACAGGAACCGUAGGACUCAUGAGCUAUCCAUGCCCCAACCCUGAGUUGGUCUGCAUUGGGCUUGCACUGGCCAUUCAGGCUUGAACAGUGAGGCUGGCUGUUUCCACGUGGACCACCGUGUAGCCGAAUUUUUUUCGGUUUAAGUGCACGUGUUCACUUUAAAUAUGGGUCCCUGAAGUUUUUAUUUUUAUUUUUUAUAACCAAGGAGACCCUGGAUGAUCGGCUCCUGGAUUGGACUUGUAGUGACGAGCCAUCCCUGCAGCAGGCCGCAAGUUUGGGCUGUGAGAAAGACUAAUAAUUUGUGGACUUCCAAAUGAAACUGUCAGUGUAAAACAUACAUGUGAGGAUUCUACUUUUAGCCUUCAUUUCAGUGGGCAGCAAUGAAAUGAAACAAAGAUAAUGGUCGUGAAUACAAUCAUUUCGAAGCACAAUGCUAAAAAGGUCAGACGCUACUAAUAGUCAGACGAAGCAUUUUAAAAACUUGCUGCAGUAUUCUGUGGCAAGUUUACAGGUUUACAGAACUUGCUUUUUAAAGGGGACCUAUUAUGCUCAUUUUUGACCCUUUGUAUUGAGUUGUGGUCUCCUAUAGAGCAGCUUCACACAAUCACCCGCUAACAUUUUGCAGAAUCUGCACCUAUUCCACCCAUGGCCAUGCCCACUCUGCUGUGAUCACCCGCCCAAACUAUGAACCAUAUAAGGAAGUCCACCCCUCUGUGACGUCACAAAGGAACAGUUUUACCACGCCUUUUCAAAGCCAGCGUUUUGAGCUUUCAAAUGCCCAAACCUCAUUAUCUGAAACUUUGCCAUGGUUUAACACGGGAAUACAACAUUGUAACUACAUUCAUAGGUCAGACGAGUAGAAGCAUGGGGGCUUCUAGCUCACAGCUAGGAGACCUGAGUUCAAUCCCCGUGCAUGCGUGGGCUUUCUCCAGGUACUCCGGUUUCCUCCCACAUUCCAAAAACAUGCUAGGUUAAUUGGCGACUCCAAAUUGUCCAUAGGUAUGAAUGUGAGUGUGAAUGGUUGUUUGUCUCUAUGUGCCGUGUGAUUGGCUGGCGACCAGUCCAGGGUGUACCCCGCCUCUCGCCUUAAGACAGCUGGGAUAGGCUCCAGCGCCCCCCCCCCCCCC